GAUUUGAUUGGUUGAAACUACGCCGAGGGGCCGGGACGUCCUUUGCGGCUGCGCAGCUGAAACCGGCAAGCAAGGAGGCACGUUGUGAAAGUGCUUGUUUUACUAAUCGUCAUCAUUCAAAGACCACUUUUGCUCCAAACGACUACCCAUUAGAUCACAAAUCUCCGGAGCCUCCAGCGAGCAAAGAAGAAGAAAUGGUGAUGGAGAAGCCAAGUGCCCAGCUGGUCGGGCGAGAGUUUGUCCGACAGUAUUACACGCUGCUCAACCAGGCGCCCGAUUACCUGCACAGGUUUUACGGCAAGAACUCCUCGUAUGUUCACGGCGGUCUGGACGCCAACGGCAAACCUCUGGAGGCGGUUUACGGCCAGUCGGACAUCCACAAGCGUGUCAUGGCGCUGAGCUUCUGCGACUGUCACACCAAGAUCCGCCAUGUGGACGCUCACGCCACGCUCAACGAGGGCGUGGUGGUCCAGGUGAUGGGGGAGCUGUCCAACAACAUGCAGCCCAUGAGGAAGUUCAUGCAGACCUUCAUCCUGGCGCCGGAGGGCACCGCCGCUAACAAGUUCUACGUUCACAAUGACGUCUUUCGCUACCAGGAUGAAGUCUUCGCCGACUCGGACUCUGAAGCCCCCGAAGAGUCGGAGGACGAGGUGGAGGAAAUGGAGGAGCGCGUUCCCUCGCCUGACAUCCUGCCCGAAGAGUCCAGUUCCUUCUACGAGGCGCAACCUUGUUCCGAAGCGGCACUUCCUGCCGACGACGUGGAAGUGGCAGCGAGUCCGGAACCGGAACCCGAAGGCGAGGAAGCGGCGGCGGCGGACGGCACGGCGGCGGACCUGAAGCAGGACGCCGCACCGGAGUCGCAAAGCGACGGCGCGCACGCGGCCAAUGAGCAGACAGAGAAAAGCCCCGCCCUCAACGCCGGCGCAGAACCCGCCGAGCCCGCCCCUGCCGCCCAGGAGGAAAACCGGCCGUUCUCGUGGGCCUCGGUGACCAGCAAGAACCUCCCACCCAGCGGGGCUGUCCCCGUCUCAGGAAUCCCGCCCCACGUGGUCAAAGCCGCGUCAACGGCACCGACCCGAAUGGAACUGAAGUCAGAGUCCCAGACAGUGUCGCAGAGACCCCAACGAGACCAGCGCCCCCGAGAGCAGAGGCCGCCCGCUGCGGCGCCGGUGAACAGAGGACCGCAACCCGUCCGUGAAGGCGAGCAGGGUGAGGCGGAAGGUCGGCGAACGAUCCGCUACCCCGACGCCCAUCAGCUCUUCGUGGGCAACGUUCCCCACAAUGCGGACAAGAGCGAACUCAAGGAAUUCUUUGAGCAAUACGGGACGGUUUUGGAGCUGCGGAUCAACAGCGGCGGCAAACUUCCCAACUUUGGCUUUGUGGUCUUCGACGCCGCCGAGCCCGUCCAGAAGAUCCUCAACAGUCGGCCCAUCAAAUUACGCGGCUACGUGCGUCUCAACGUGGAGGAGAAGAAGACCCGCUCGGCCCGAGAAGGCGACAGACGGGACGUGAGACCCCGUGGACCGGGAGGACCCGGCGGUCCCAGAGAGCGUGUCAGCGGCCCCAGAGGCCCCCCGACCCGCGGAGGAGCCACACAGAAGCCCAGUUUCGGUUCCGGCCGGGGGGCGGGACCCAGCGAGGGGCGUUACCCGGCUCAGCGUCAGUGAUGUUCGACUUCCUGCAAGAACCAUUGGACUUGACCAAAUUGAUCUUCACGUGACCUUCGCAUAUUUAGUUGACUCACUGUCCAGUCCCUCUUUCACGAUGGCCGCCGUCGUCGACUCGUCUUCUGGCCUGCUGCCCCGCCCCCUGCAGUGACCCCGCCCCGUGGCCAGCUCAUGAAUUUUGGGACUUUUUGUUUCUCCAAGCUGAACUUGAAGUGGACUGGUGGACUUGAGGAGAACUUUUUUUGGUUCUUUUCUUCGGUUUUCUUAAAAAGGACGUCGAUCUGUGGUGAACUUCUUCCUCUUUUUUUUAGCCUGUCGGGUAUCAACGAGCUCAACUUGUUUCUUCGCUUCUUUGCCAUUAUCGUGUUGCCGGCUCGCCUGAACACCACACAACUAAAUUAAAGUCAUUUACUGUUUUAAAA